AUGUGUGGCAAACCUUGGCAAUAUGACAAGGAGGCCCAACAUGAUGGGCAUAAGAAUGUCUAUGUCAUCAAGAAAGGGGGAGUAUCAUUUACACUUACCCCAUUAAAGGAAGAUGAGAGUGCAAUCCAUGAAGGACCUAGUGUGAUGAUGAUGAAGGAGAAGGAGUUCAUGAAGGGUCUUGACGAAGAGGAGUGUGGAUAUGUCAUUGUGGGGAAGCUAAACUCAGAAGUAGCAGAUAAAGACAGUAAGGAAGUCCCUAAAGAGCUGCAGACCCUACUUGAUGAGUAUGAAUGCAUAGUAAUGAAGGAAUUACCUAAUUCCUCACUCCCCAUCUGUGAUGUGAGUCAUCAUAUUGAUCUCAUUCCUGGUGCAAGCCUACCAAACAAGCCAGCAUACAAGAUGACACCUCAAAAAAAUGAGGAGAUUAAGAAGUAG